AUGCCUCGAGUGCCACAUGUUCCCCGCGCCAGCACCGGGAGUAGAAAAGCCUCUACUUCCGGUUCUCCCUUCAAGUCUCCCCUCAAGAUCCCGCUCAACGACGACGCACGAGAGAGGAAAGGGCGGCUGCACUCGCGGAAAGCCCUACACGAAAAACAGAUCAACGAGCUGCAGGCGGCAGCGGCGACGCCUGCGAAGAAACGGCUCACCGACGGCGACAAUGGGUCGGCCCGCUCGACCCCGCGGGCGCCGCGGGGCUCGGGCGCUGCCGAGGACGACGACGACGUCUUCGUCGUUGGCACCGCGACUGGUGUGACGCCUAUGAAGCGUGUGCCCAUCCUGGCCAACUUCGAGGAGUGGAUGAAGAUGGCCACCGACAACAAGAUCAACGCCGCGAACUCGUGGAAUUUCGCCCUCAUCGACUACUUCCACGACAUGUCGCUGCUGAAGGACGGCGACGGCGUCAACUUCCAGCGAGCGAGUUGCACCCUCGACGGCUGCGUCAAGAUCUACACUAGUAGAGUCGACAGCGUAGCCACCGAGACCGGCAAGCUGCUCAGCGGCCUGGCCGACAGCGGUUCGAAGAGGAAGGAGAGAGACGGGGAGGGGGACGGCGAAGAGAGCGAGGAGGAAGUCGACGAGGACGGCAACGUGGUGAGGAAGAAGACGAAGAAGCGGCAACGAUCCUCUGAAGCCACCCUCGCGCCGUCGUUCGCCUCGCUGCAGUUGAAAAAGUUCGAACUCGAGUUUGCGGUGGACCCGUUAUUCAAGAAGGCCUCGGCCGACUUUGACGAGGGCGGCGCCAAAGGCCUCCUCCUGAACCACCUGAUGAUCGACGGGAAAGGCCGCAUCGUAUUCGACAGCAGCGACGACGCGAACGACGCCUCCGCUGCGGAGAUCAAGCCUAGGAGACGAGAAGAUGUUAUUCCUGAGGAGGACGAGGAAGGGGCGGCGGAAGAGUACUCGGCCAUGAUCGCGGAGCAGCUACAGGCCGCGCAGGAAGACGACGAGGAGGACGUGGAAAUCGACAUCAGCGCGCUCGGCGCCAAGUUCUUCCCCGACCUGGCCCAGCUGGACGAGCAGGAUAUCUGCCCGUCCCUCAAGACCUUCGAGCUCGGGAACCCGUCCGGCUCCCUCGACAUACCCUUCCUCCGCGCGCUCGAGGACAACGGCGACGACGACGAGAGCGGGAGCGGCGGCGUGGGCAACAAGUCGGGCAUGUUCAUCGACGAGGACAACCCGGUCGGCUUCGACGACAUGACCAACAUGGGCGGCUUCGACGUCGGCGACAUCGCGUUCGGCGAGGGCGGCGAGGCUUGGGCGCGCGAGGCGGCGCUCGAGCCGCAGAUGCGGCCGUACAGCGUCGGGCCGGACGACGACGGGAUGCCGGGGGCCGACGGCAUCGACGACGAGCGCGAGGACGGCGGCGGCGGCGGCUACCUGCUGUCUGCGAGCCGGGCGAAGGGCGGUGACAAGACGCACGAAGACAUCCUCGGGUACUUCGACCAGGCGCUGCAGAAGAACUGGGCCGGGCCGGAGCACUGGCGGAUCCGCAAGAUCAAGGACGCGAGCAAGGCGGAGGCGGGCGCGACGCGGCCGAGGCGGGAGAAGGAGCCGUUCGAGGUCGACUUCGCGUCGGCGCUCGACCCGAAGCUGGCCGAGGCCAUCUUCACGCAGGCGGCGAGCCACUCGGCCAUCUCGCUACCCAAGAAGGACUGGAAGUCCAAGACGCGCAACCUGCUGCCGGACGACAAGCACUUCAACUCGAAGCAGCUGCUGAGCCUGUUCCUCAAGCCCAAGGCGCGCGCGAGCCGGCGCAACCGGUCCGGCGGCGGCGGCGGUUUCGGGCUCGGGAACGGCGCGCAGGACAAGAACGGCGGCGAGAACAUCCACGCGGGCGACAUGGACGAGGCGUUCUGGGCGCAGCGGGAGCAGCCGGCGCACGCGGGGGGCGCGGCCGGGGGGGGGGAGGAGGCGGGGCCGCAGGGCGACUACGACGCCAACUUCUUCGACGACGAGAUGCCGCUGCCGGGCGGGGGCAUGCUCGACGACGACGACGACCUCGAGUUCGCCGACGCGCGGGACCACUUCUCGCCGGGCGCCGACGGCGGGCCCGGCGGCCCCGGCGGCCCCGGCGGCGCCGCGAACCCGACCCAGGGCGACGUCGGCAUCACCGGCCUCGUCGGCGCCGGCAUGACUACCACCCUCGGCGGCUUCGGCACCCAGCUGGUCACCUCGACGCGCCGCCUGCGCCCCGAGUACGUCCAGUACGCCCGCGUCGCCAAGAAGGUCGACGUCAGGAGGCUCAAGGAGGAGCUGUGGAAGGGCCUGGGCUUCCCGGAUGAACCUGACGCGAACGACCCGUCGGCGCCGACGCCGACCGAGGACUCGUCGCCGGCGAAGGCCAAGCCGCCGGGGUCAUCGCCGGCGCCGGAGGAGGAGGCGAAGGGGGGCACGCUCAAGUUCACGAGCGUGAUGAACGACCUGCGGACGGUGUACCCGAAGGCGGUGAUGGACGACAUCUCGACGAGCUUCUGCUUCAUCUGCCUGCUGCACCUGGCGAACGAGAAGGGGCUCGUGAUCGAGAACACGCCCGAGCUGCUCGAGCUCGAGAUCCGCAGGGACUGGUCCGCCGAGCUGACGGGCGAGGCGUGA